UCUUCCCGCUCUCACUAGCCACCCAGUCCUUGUUCUCCUUCCUGCUGUGCCGCCCUCAUCUCCUCCUCUCAUCUCCCCGGUAUCAUCCACCAUGCCCGGCCAGGCAAAGCACAUUCUGAGGUUUAAGAAGCUAACUGAGAAUGCUUUUGCCCCGUGUAAAGGCUCAAAGUGGGCUGCUGGCUACGAUUUGUGCAGUGCCUAUGACAUGGUGGUGCCAGCCGAGGGGAAGGCACUGGUGAAGACUGACAUCCAGGUGGAGCUGCCAGAGGACUGUUAUGGCAGGGUGGCACCUCGCUCUGGCCUCUCCUGGAAGAACCAUAUUGAUGUGGGAGCCGGAGUGAUUGACCGCGACUACCGAGGAAACGUGGGUGUGGUGCUGUUCAACCAUGCCAAGGUGGAUUUUGCAGUGAAGAAAGGCGACCGUGUGGCUCAGUUCAUCUGUGAGAAAAUCAUCUACCCUGAGAUUGAGGAGGUGCAGGAGCUGAGUGACACGGAGCGCGGUGAGGAAGGGUUCGGCUCCACUGGGAGAUAAGAGGUGGAGCUCCCGUGUUGUGAGCCUUCAGCCUUGAGGCAGUGUUAGGCAUGUCCAGAUGAAUGAAACGAAUGAAUACAAUGCUGUAGUGACAUUUGUGUUGUUUUGACUUUACCAAGUGUGCCACAGUUUUAUGCUUAAUGUAAGAUUUGAUGGUAAUAAAUAUUUAGCUAUA